UAUAUUGACAUUGGGGGGUUGAAAUGGGCAGCAUUGGUUUCGUAACACUUCCUUUUGUGUCAGGGUUGAAACAAAGACGAAGCAAAAUAUGUAAUUCCUCAAAUGCCUCUUAUCUUACACGAUCACCUUGUUCUGUACGAUGGAAUCUUAUUUCUUGUGUAAACUGCAAGGCUUCUGUAGACAAUCGUCGAGUGACAAAGGAUAACUCCAAGUUGACUCUGAAAGUGAUUGCUAUGAGUGUUCUGAGCUUCGUCCAACUUCUAAGCGGUCAAAUCAGUAGUCCAAACCAUCUGGGUACGCAAAUGUCUUCUUUUCAAACUCAACCUGUUUUGGCUGCUGGCCUAAAGGUGAAGAAGAAUUUGAAGUCAAAGCUUUCUCAAGUUCCCGUUUUUGCCGUAACAAACUCUGACGGACAACCUUAUUUAGUUGAAGACGGUAACGAUAAAGUACAAAAAGGCUAUAUUUUCUUUUCGCCCGAAGACGCUGGAAGAAUGAUGACCAAAGUAAAGCAAGCAAAUGGGACGGAAGAUAUCCAGAUUCACGUAAUAGGUCUGGACAAGGCAUACGAAAUGGUUUCGAAUCCCCCCACCAGUUCUGGUCUUAAAGACGAAGAAGGCAGAGAGCUCAUGAUGACUUUUUUGCUUCAUCCAGACAGUGAACAAGUGCAGAAGGCUCGAGAACUAUUGAAGAGAGAAAAGAAGAAGCCUGCCUUUGAUGGAAUUCCAGUAUUCGUCGCGAGAGGUCUAAUGCUUCGCAAAGGUGAUGAGUCGAACGUUCCAGUCUUUCUAGAUAAGGAUGAUUUAGAACUCGCAUGGAAAAGAUUGAGAGAGAGUGACAAGUCGUUGCCUCAACACCCUGUUAUUGAAAUUGCAGAUUUGUUUCAGUUGUUGAAAGAGAUAGAAAAAGGAGACAAGGAGGAACUUCGCAGCUUAGGAUUCUUUGCUUCUCGAAAGAGCAUUGAAUGGAUUCGAAACCAUCAAUCCAAAAGUUGAAUGCCGUGAAUAAAAACAUUUUGGCUAUACAUUUAUAUUAUCAGAAUAGGCCAACAUAAAAAAAACUAAAAUUUC